AUGUCCUUCAAUGACCAGCAAUGCAAGCAGCCAUGUGUGCCACCUCCGUGUCUUCAAAAGACCCAAGAGAAGUGCCAGGCACAAACUGAGGAGGUAUGCCUCCCCCAGUGCCAGGACCCGUGUCAAGAUAAAUGCCCACCACAAGCACAGGCGGUAUGUCUUCCUCAGUGCCAGGAGUUAAGCCAAGGAAGCUGCCCACAGCAAGGCCAAGAUCCUUGCCUACCUCCAAGCCAAGAUCAAUGUCUUCCUCAGUGUGUAGAGCCAGGCCAGGAGCUAGCCCAGACAAAAUGUGUGGAGGAGAUCCCACAGAAAGCCCAGGAGAAGUGUUCAUCCCAGGGCAAGGGAAAGUAG